CCGUCCUCUUAAAUCCAGCGAAAAUCGGAUCUUCAAAAGCCAAAGCAUAAAUCCUUCAUCCUCAUCCAAGAAGAGAAAAAUGGAUUUCAGAAUCAUGGGUUACAACUCCCCACUCCUCCACGCCCUCAACCACAUGAUGGAUCUCCACGAAGACGACGCCAACAGGAACCCCAACGCUGCUUCUCGUGUAUACGUCAGAGACGCCAAGGCCAUGGCGGCAACUCCUGCAGAUAUCAGGGAAGACCCCAAGUCAUACGUCUUCAUCGUCGACAUGCCGGGGCUGAAAUCAGGGGACAUGAUAGUACAGGUGGAGGACGACAACGUGCUGUUGAUCAGCGGUGAACGGAUGCGAGAGGAAGAGAAAGAAGGGGCCAAGUACGUGAGAAUGGAGAGGAGGGUCGGCAAAUUUAUGAGGAAGUUCGUGUUGCCGGAGAAUGCUAAUACGGAUGCGAUCUCGGCGGUUUGUCAAGAUGGGGUUUUGACGGUCACCGUGGAGAAAUUGCCGCCGCCGGAGCCUAAGAAACCCAAGACAAUUGAGGUCAAGAUAUGUUGAGAAAGAGUGUGGUUUGAUGAUCUGAGUUUACUUCCAUGUUUGAAUGUAAAGUUUACUUCCAUGUUU